AAAAGUCAUUCGGAUUUUGAACAUAUAGUACACUGUACGUCUACUUUCAUUUUCGGACAAACUGAUCGUUUCGUGCCACUAAUUAUAAUUAUAGGCGUUCGGUUUUGUGAAUAUUUUUGUGCCCCUGUGGACUUUUUUUAUUCGGAAAAGGACUCAAACAAUUUUAAAAUGGAUACCCUGUACGCGGAGGCCGAGUACAUCAUGUCAAUGUCUAAGCAAAACAAUUCAGAUAUUGCCGGCAUGUUAAAAAUAGUAGUUGACAGAUAUCACACAGUAGUAGACAGAAUAAGUGAUCCUCGUACGACAGACUGGCCCCUUAUGCAGAGUCCUGUUCCGACAAUCACUAUGGUGGUCACAUAUCUUUACGUUAUCCUUCUGCUAGGACCAAGACUAAUGCGAGACAGAAAACCCUACAAACUAAAAGAGAUCCUGAUAGCCUACAAUGGAGCACAAGUUUGUUAUAGUUUAUUUAUGUUGUACGAGCAUUUAAUGAGCGGCUGGUUUUGGGAUUACAGUUAUAAAUGUCAACCAGUAGAUUACUCGAACAAUGAAAAAGCUAUGAGAAUGGCAACCCUGUGCUGGUGGUACUAUAUUUCGAAAUUAAGCGAAUUUGCUGACACUGUGUUCUUCGUUCUUAGAAAAAAAGAUAGUCAGAUUACUUUGCUUCAUCUAUACCAUCAUAGCUUGACUCCACUUGAAACCUGGAUCCUGGUCAAGUUCUUGGCAGGUGGACAUGGUACUUUCUCAAACUUAAUCAACAAUUUGGUUCAUGUCAUCAUGUACUUCUAUUACAUGGUUGCCGCUAUGGGACCACAAUACCAAAAAUACCUCUGGUGGAAAAAGUAUUUGACCACCCUCCAACUGUUGCAAUUCACCUUGGUGUUCAUUCACUCCGCCCAACUCUUGUGGCUCGACUGCGGCUAUCCAAGAUUUAUCGGAGCCCUUUUGCUCCUCCAUUCGACAAUUUUCUUCGGACUUUUCUCGAACUUCUACUACCAAACGUACAAAAGAGAAAGCGCAAAAAAGACCAUCAAAUCUGAGUAGGAACAGAUUUAUUUUUUUGUUUUUGUAUUUAUUUUAUUAUUUCUACCAAAAGCGCGUGGUCCUGUGAUUUUAUUAAUAUAUUAAAUAAGAAAAAUUAUCAAAUUAUAUUUAAACUAAAAAGAGUAUACUCAAAGAUUAUCUUUGAGUACACUCUCUAAAAAUGACAAAGUGAAAAAGCAGACAUUACUGUAGUCACACCCAGCAAUUUGUCAAAAACUGUUCUACUUUUAUAACUUUUGACGACAUUUUCGGAUUCAGCGGACAAUUUUACAUAAGAAUUGACGAGAAUUAUUAGUGGCAGCUUUUCCGCUAUGACAAUUAGUCAUUUUUUAGAGAGUAGGUAUCUGGCACCUACUAUUAAUUCACAGAAUUAACAGAAAAUUAAUAACAUUCUAAAAUUUUUUGAGUGCCUACUAGUAGAAAUGCUUGUGAUUGCUCAAUGUUUUUUUUAUUUAAAUAAUGUAGUACUUCCAUAAUUAAAUAAACAUUUUUAUCUACAUUUAUAAUAAAAUCAUAACCAAUCGCUAAAGCGAGAGUGUCAUAUUAUCAAGUUAUAGCUCAGACUUGUCCCAUGUAAAUAUUGUAGCUGUUAGAAAUAUACAGGGUGAUUUUGAUGCUAUACCGUCAAAUAUUUAUACACCAGUAAAAAUAAUUCACCCUGUAUAAGAUAAAUUAAGGUACUUGUAAUAUAUUAUAUAACCUAGUCAUAGAAAUCUGGUAAGAAGUAUUCCAAUUUUGAAAAAAUAAAAAUAAAAAUACAAUACAAUUGAUCAGGUUGACAAUAUUAGAAAACCAAAGAUACACACGACAUCUUUGAAAUGUAAGCUUAAGUUGUCCAGUACUUAAAACUACGUAAAUCAGGUUUAUCGUUUUUACACAACUAUUAGGCAACUUAUUUCUAAACUAUGUAAAAUUAUAGCCAUAAGUAAAAAAUGCUUAAAUUAAAUUUCACAUGUAAUAAACCUUGUUCUAAUAGUUUUUUAGUACUUCGUAGAUUUUUGUUCAAUAAUUUAUUUAUUAGGAAAAUGGAAUCUAUGUAGAUAUUUUUGAUAAAAUUCA